UGCUCCAUGUGUACCACGAGAAGUACUCCUAAUUCAAACUCGAUCACGACGAGUUGAGAUUUCUCGAGAUCUCGAUCGAACGGAUCUCAGAAUAAAAAUGGAGACCUCGUUAGUUAAUUUGACUUCCUGUGCCGCUUCAUCGCGGUUUCUAACUAUUUAUUAGGACGAGCAGAGGAUCCAUCAACUCAGCUUUGCAGAGAAGCAGCCAAGCAAGAGCCUUUCCGAGUGUGUGGAGCAGCAGCAGCAGCAGCCGUAAGGUAUGCAUGCCUCGCUUCUAGCUUGAUCAAAUUGUAUUCAUAUAUUUUCCAUGGCAAAGCUCUUCGGAAAGGUGGCGAUCGUCACGGGCGCCGCCAGCAAACUGGGCGAGGCCAUCGCGAGGAAGUUCGUCGACAACGGCGCCAAGGUCAUCCUCGCCGACAUCAACCGCCACUCCUGCGAGAACAUAGUAGCGGCUCUCAACAAGACCAACCAUGGCCCCGCGGUGGCUCACGCGAUGCGCAUCGACGUCAGCGAACCCGACAGUAUCCUGGCCACCGUCGAGGAGGCGAAGAAGGUCUACAAGCAAGAUGUCGACAUCUUCUACAACAACGCGGGGGUCAGCAACGUCUCCUCCCCGGCCUCCUCCAUCGACAUGAUGAGCUUCAGGAACACCAUGGCGGUCAACGUCGAGUCCGUCAUAGCCAGCAUCAACCACGCCGGCGCCGUGAUGCGCAGCAACAAGAUCGGCGGCGGGUGCAUCCUGUGCACGGGCAGCCCCGUGGGCUCGCUCGGCGACGUGGUGCCCUCGGCGUACAGCAUCUCCAAGGCCGCGGUCGUGGGCGUCGUGCGCGCCGCCGCGGCCGAGCUGGGGGGACACGGCGUGAGGGUCAAUGCCAUCUCGCCGUACGGCGUCGCCGCCAGGUUUGACAAGGGCGUGCUGAGGCACAUCUUCCCUCACGCGACUGACCAGCAGCUGGAUACUAUGAUCAGCAGCUACGGCACCUACACGGUGACCGAGGACGACGUGGCCAACGCGGCGGUGUACCUGGCGUCCGACGCUGGCAAGAACAUCAAUGGCCAAAACAUCGUCCUCAAUGGCAAGUUCGGUCUUUAGAAGUGUGGCCGCCAACGGUUCUGUUGGGGCUCAUUAGCGGCAACUUCACACACCCUGGGCGACUUCCAUUCAUGCCCCGUUGUUUCCUGAAUAAAUAGUGUGGCUGUCAGUGAGCCACGUAACGUGUGUUUCCAUUUCUCUUUUUAUUUGCGAAAUUUCGAUGUUUCAAAGUUUGGCAACAAGAUGUACUUCAAAUCCAUUUGUCCUCCCAUUUAAUUCUCAUAAUGAAUAAAAUCGUCGUCUUUACAGUCCCUUCA